ACUUAAGAACCACGACGAAGUUCACGACGACGACGUCUGUUGACUGGGAAAAGACUGGAACGAGAACGUCAGUUUCGGCGGGAAAAAGGAAACUUAAGAUGCAGUCAGUCGGUAGAUCGACGAAGGUCGACGACGACGACACUGAAUGUAAACAAACAAGUAGAAGUAGUAGAACUGUGAUGUUCGUUCGUAACAAAGUUUUUUGCAAUGGCGUGUUUUAAAAUAACGCAAGAUCUUAUUCUUUGAGCCGUACGUCUAAUUUCAUUGACGAUGAAGAAUUUAUUGUGUUGUCUGACCUUUUCGAGUAGAAAAACACCUCCUUUCCGUAAGAGGAUUAUUCACCUUUCAACGUGAAUGAGAUAACCGAGUCCGAGUGUCUGUCAGAGUUUAGAUUUGGAAAAAGAGACAUUCUGAUGUAAUAGCUGUUUUCUAUAUAAAGUUUAUUUCCUCUAUAGUAAAGAUAUGUGAUUUUCCUUAUCUAAAUACGUACAAAUCACUUACGAGUUCGCUCGUUCGGCCUCCAGAGCUGUUGUCAUUCUUCGAAGUAAAAACAAUUUAUAAGUCGAAUUUUCAACCAGCAUCGCUUUUUAGGAGAAAAAAGGAACGAUACCUGGAUUUACGAGGAUAAGGAAAUGCAAAGGACUUCAAAAUCGCUCAAAAGAGUGGAUUUACACCUGCCGAAGCUUGUGGAUUGCUGGACGACGUGAUUCUACUUUAGUUGGCGUCGUCAACGACACCACGACAACGAAAUUUACUGGUCGCGCUUGCGCAGUACACUGUAACUCACUUCCGGUCGUCGUCGACAAAGUCGUCGUCGUGGUUCCCUAAUGUCGAUACUGAGUUAAUUAGAAUUAUGAAGUAUGAAGUACUUGUGCAAGUGUCAGAUUAAAAAGCAAUAACACAAUACACAGUCACUACAACAUACAGGUAACAGUUCUUGGGAUACCUAAUAAGAAGCAUGUUUUCAGCGUCAGUCCUAAUACUAAUGGGCUGGUGAUGAGCAAGACUUAAUACUGCUCUUCUCUUUGGUCAAGUGCUUUUUUAAGCACAACUACAGAACGUUUUAGCAAGAAUUACAGCUGGAGGUUAAAAAUAGAUUAGAUUUUUUUAGGUGAGUUGGAAUAGCCCCCAAUUAGACUUUGUUUGAAAAUGUAUGAUCACCCAAAUUAGUGAAAUGCAAAACUUAGUGAUACCUCCUCUUCUCCCCUUUGAUUGCAAGGCAGUGAAAAAUGUAAUAACUGAUACAUUCACUAAUUUAGUCUGAAUUCAGGAAAGCGGAAAGUGAUUCUACACCCAAAGUGUCUAUCACUCCACCCUCACCUGCGGCAAUCACGUCAAAGCCAACAGAUACCCUUAAUCGGAAUACUGCUGACCAACAGCUUCCAUUACAGUCUGAAGGUGAACUGAAUACCACACAGAAUGGUGAGAAACGACCACACUCGAGACCAACAUCACCUCAUUUACACCUCAAAAACUUGUUACGGUCACCUGCUGCGAAAAAGAGGAUGGUAACAGCAGAAGCAACAAGACAGCAGCAGCAACAGUCAACAGCUGACCCAGAUAACAAGAGAGCAGCAAGAGUGAGUAGUGACUUGGAAGAAGAGGGUACAGCAUCUGAUGAUCAUGAUGCAGAAAAUAAUGAUUAUGGUAUGUAUUGUCACUUUCCAUGAAAAAUGCAGCAUACCAGCGAAAAAUAGUGAACUUUCAUUGUUACUGUUUCUUUAUUAUGAAUUUUAGAAGAUGAUACGUUUUUUGCAUCAAAUGGAAACUGGGAAAAAAUCCGGGCCCCAGAUGGGAUUCGAACCCACAACCCUCCGUGAUCUAGCCGGAUGCUCUAACCACUAAGCUACUGGAGACUCGAUGGCGAGCUAGCAGGGCUCGGAUUUUUUCCGAGUUUCCAUUUGAUGCAAAAAACGUAUCAUGUUCUACUUCUACAAAAGACUCACUUGGUGAUUAUCAAUUUUACUUGGGAAAAGUACCUUUUCGGAGAGAAUGUUUCUUAGCUUGUUUUUGACAACCUGUCUGAAUUACGUGGUUCCCCAGCUGUGUUUUCAAUCCCGUCAUCCUGAACAAAAUGUAAUUGUGACAGUUAUUACUGGCAAAUCCCGAUUGCAAAAAUAGUGACCGUUCUAAAAAGUGCUUCGUUGAGGUUUCAGAUUCCGGCAUGAUAGAAUAACCAGCGACAGAAAAAAGGGAUCAAGAAGGGGACACAAUUUUUUUUCUUCUGAGCCCUCUGUGUCACUGCCGACUGAAUAAACAUCUUUCUCACUUUCAGAAUAAUCACGUGACUGGGACAAUGAAAAUGUUGGCAUUGAUUACCCGUCGUUAAGUUUAAAAGACGUAAUUUUUUCGUCGGUUCUAUUGUCAACAGCGUUUCCCUAAUACCACUUUGCCAUAUCCAGCUUCCCAUUCAUAUUUGCAAUCCUGAAUCUCGCCGACCUUUUCCUGUAGUCCCUAAUAGUGACUUCUUAUAAGGCAAAUUUCCAAAUCCCGAAAAAACCUAUUUGGGAGCCUCAUCUGCAACUGUAUUUACACAGUUUGCAUUUGUUCCUUUACGUUGUACAUUUAUUUUAAACCCUUUAUUCACUGCCACCACAAAAUGUCGUUAAAUUAGGGUUAUAGAACGUUCUUUUGGUGCAUGGAGCCCUUCAAUUAUUAUUGUACCGUUUUAUACUACUUUUAUGCACGGUGUUUCCUCUUAGUUCUCUAUUUUUUAGUAUACCCGAUUAUAAUUCACAUCUUUUGAAGAAGUAAACAUUCAAUUAGAAACUCAAAAUUGAAUAUUUCUUCACUGACCUGGUUAAUAAUGCUGAAGAUGAUUAUAAGAGACUUUAAUGAUAUCUUUUUUAAUGAAACCUUUCUUCCUUUAGCUCCAGUCACUUGUGUUUGUGAUGACCACCUUAGCAAGGAGUAUGUAAAUCAGGUUUGUGAUCAGUCAUAUCCUACUUGUAAGUUAUUUGUUUGGUUCCUGUGCAUAGUAAAUCUGUUUUGUGUUCUGUUUUUUCGGCGUUGCCAAGCGCAGCGAUCUCUAUUGUGAUUUUUGAUUAGGUAGUUUUACUUCUCCAAUGAGUUGUUUUUUAACUUCUUUUACGUCGGCCAAUUAAGUGAGUGCUAGGUGCGGGUCACACCUGUAUCGAACUAUAGCCGGCGAUAAGUUUAUGUUAAUUAAAUAUUUUUCUAAUUAUUAGGAGUUUCCCGUUAGUGUGGAUACCCUUUAUGAGUACCUCUUCACAGAGUCUGAUUUCUACAAAAGAGUACAGAAGGCAAGGAAAACAAAAGGUGAGAAAUUAUUUGUUUUAAAGAAAACCUGACAAACAACCUAAGUCAUGCUUUUUUUCUGACUCUCUUUUCUUCGCAUUGUUUUCCUUCCCGCAUCCCCGUGCAGAUCUGGUGUUUAAUCCAUGGAUGACGACAGAAGAUGGUCAGAAAAGAACCAUCAGAUACACGGUCUCUCUUAAUCACGCUAUUGGACCAAAGCACUCAGCUACAACCGAGAAACAGGUAACAUAACGCAACGAUACUUAGUCAUUAUGCAAGUUAGUCGUAAUAUUUUAAUAAACUUACUUUUUCUUUUGUUUUCUUGGAAGCACUGUCUUCAAGGAAGUGUUCCUGGCAAAAUCUACAUGGUUCAUGCAGAGGUAUGCAGCUAGUAAAAGUCUUACUAUUGCCCAUUUGAUUGUGCAACAUCCCUUCGAGAAAGUAGAUAUUUAUCCGCCAGCUUUGUGCUGGCGUCAAUGAGGGCUUAGUUCUUUUACAUCAGUGCUGCUUGAGGAAAUUGUUUUCACGUUACAGGGCGAUUCUUUUGUCUUUCUCAAUUUUCCCUUACCACCAAGUAAAAGCUGUGCGGGUUUGCUUAUGAAACGUUUGUGUCUACGUCCCAAAAAUAGGUUUCCUUCGGUUAAUUGCUGCGCUAUAUCGUUUCGAGGUUACAAGCGCUCUAUCUCCGUUUACGCUGAAACGCUCUUCAGAGGCGAGUAAUGUCGUCUUCUGACUGUACUGCUGAUUGUUGCUUUAGAAUAAAAUUAAUGAUUUGUAUUCAUUUCUGUUUGAAAAUACAUUGUUACGUGCACCAUGAUCAUAGAUCCAACUGGGAUUUUUCUUUUUAGGUGAACAAUGAAGGAAUCCCUUAUGGAGACAGUUUUAGUAUCACCAGUAGAUACUGUAUUACACGCGCUUCAGUCACCACUAGUAGACUAAGGUAUUAAUUAGCUUUACAUGUUACUAUCAGACUGUAAACAUACUUGGUAGUGUCGAUUGGAGCGGUUGUACAAACGUGGUAGAUUUACCACCGUUAAAAGAGUCAAAAGUUGAUUUUCUCUAGAAACCUUAACAUGUUUCAAAGAUCUACGAAGAAUAUCCAUAUGAUAUAUAAUAGUCGAGAGUUAAACAGAUACUUCAUUAUUUGACACAGUUGAUUUUACAGUAAUAGUUGAUUUUUGUAGAGAAGGAAAUCAUAGUACCAGCCUUGUAAGAAUGUUUCAGGAGGAGAAUUAGGUAAGGUAACAGGUAAAGGCGCACACGAGUCAAAAGCCCAAACUAGGAUCUAAAACUAAAACGCUGUUCGAUUUUGCGCAAAACUAUUAUGAUAAGCAUUAAUUGAAUGACAUGUUGUUCUCCAUCUUCUAACUGUGAGAAUUGUUUCAGAAUGAUGUAGAUCAGUUCUUUGUCUGCAAUCUUGUUUGUACUUGUAGAGUAACGGCUGAAGUCAAGUAUCAUAAGUCAGUUUGGGGAUUCGUGAGAAGUAAGUUUUGUCUGAACUUUGUUUUGAUAAUUACAAACAGACUGAGCAGAGCCGGGCUUCCCACAAUAUUUCAUUUUCAGCAAAGUUACUUAGCAGAGCAAGCAAGGGUAACACAACAAGGUGAUAUUUUGUUUGUGAAUGGAGUACAUUAUCAAAAAACCACGUUAUUACUUAAGCAGGCCAUGUUUUUUAAGUAAGUUUUUUAUUCCACUCGCUGGUAGUGGUUUGUGUCUCCUUUAUUAAAGUAAAAUAUUGAAAGUUGAAGGUUAACGCGGUUAAUGAGGCAGUCGUGACUGGAUGUUAAGUUCUGUGUUAGAAACAUAUCAGUUGUAGUUAUCCAAAUAAUAUUUGAUAUCUGUUAUUUUGUGUUUUUUAAGAUAUGAUAGAGAAGAAUGCAGUGGAAGGUAUUGCAGAUUAUUUCCAGUUCCUAGGUAUGUCCUGAGUAAGUCCUCGAAGCAUUCCUCUUGUUCUCAUCUUAACUAUAUAUUGUGAAUGUUAAGUCAUUCCCGUUUCGUUUUAGCGGAAAGUCUGAGAAGAGAAACCACAGAGGGUCAGUGGAUAAAGAAAAGAAAAACGUCACCAACAAGAAGACACAAGAGGAAUCGUAGUCUUAAAAAUAAUGAAGCCAUGGAACCAACAAAUGAAGCAUCGAUAGGUGCGUUAAACCAACAACUUUUAUUGACCCCUUAUACUUAAGAAAAAUUAAAUUUACAUGAAAUUAAAACUCAAGCUAAAAGGGUUGUUGGCUUCCUAAAAUAACUAGAGAGUUAACGAGUCUAGGAAAAGGGGUUGACUUUGUAUCUUUCCCAAGGGAGCUCCAUGCCUUUGGUCCUUGAAAGCGAAUAUUAAAUAUUCCAUAGUUUGUCCUAGCUCGAGGCAGGUAAUGAAAUUGAUUUGCUGCACUUCGUGUAUUGUAGUUUUGAAUAUUCAACACUGAAUUAAAAAAGGUAUCAAAAUAGGAAGGAAAUAACUUGUUAUGAAAUUUAUGCAUAAAAAGUGCAAUAAUGUAACAAGAUCAGAGAACUUCAUAAUUGCUAAUAAUCUUAACAGUAGGAUUGAACAUGAUUCGAAUUGCAUUUUUCUGUAAAAUAUUUGAAGGCUGAGAGUAAAAGAAUCGUUUUGGUCAUUUACAGCAGUGCUACUUUACCCAUAUAGCUGAGUAUUUCUAUCUUUGUGGUGCUGGGCUACAAUAAGUGUUGAAAUGUCGUUUUUCGUUUUUCUCUCUUGCUGCAAAAACCGCGUUUUCUUCAAAACGUUAGCUAGCUGUGUCCAUUUUUGAAAAGAGUUUUCUUCUAUAUAAUGCCAUUUUUGUAGAUGUUAAAACAAGCCUACUUCAAAGAUUGUCGCUAAAAGGAGUAAUAUCAAGUGUCAUGGGAAUGAGGUCAGUAAACUAACUUCAGUAAACAGAACCUGAUGCAUCGCAUAUAUAUGAGACACCUAGUGAAAAAUCAUCCAGGAGAGGUUGUACGUUGUACGGUAUCUACUGAAAAUUUUGCAUUUACUGUUUUACUCCUUAUAGUACGUGAAGAAUGAAAAAGUAACAAAGGAAUUGAAAUUUCGUUUGAUGAUGACAUGCUAGUUCAUUACCGGGUCACUGUCCCGAGCAGUAGCAGUAGCAGCAGUAGCAGUAUUGUGUCGCUCGGUGGUACCCUGGUCUAUAUCCCUGUACCCAGUUCAAAAAGAUUUCUUACUUUAUUGAGUGCCUAUUUUUGAUAAAUACAGUAAAACCAUAAUUCCAGGGAUUUAUGGAGUGUUACCCACUAAUAAACCAGUAGUGUUUAUGUAGUCAGAAAGGCAGCAAACACUGAUAAUUUGUUUCCUUCUCCAUAGGUCUCAUGUGCCACAAGUUCGGGCGAAAAACCCCCUGGCAUUAUGCAUAACAGUUCUGUAAGUUUUUCAUUAUAUUGUUUGAAAAGAAGUAGCUAAAUAAGUGUCUAACGCCAUCAAUUGUUUACUUAGUUUGUCCUCCUCUGAUCCGCCUUGUAUUUCGAAUAUUAUUUUGCGAAAUUUUGCCAGUUUUUUACUGCACAACCACGUCUAUGUCAGACCAGGGAGAUUUCAAGUAACAUUGUGUCUGAAAAAGAGAAAAUGGAUAUUGGACACGUUACUGAGUAGUGUGAUGUGCUUAGUCUUUACACUUUUUGUCUUCAGGCUUGGGGUAUUACUGGUUGUUAACGUAUUUCUGGUACACAGACUUCUCCUGCUUGAGCAAGCAACUUACACUGGUAUACACUGGGACGGAACUAUCAAGUAGGUACACGCCGGCUAGAAUAAAUAGAGUGCUGGCCCCGGUUGUUCAAAAGAUGGAUAGCACUAUCUACUGAAAAAAUCUGUAUCAAGUUAAUAAGUUUUAGAAAAGCAAUUGCGUUAUCUAGUGCAUAGAGAAUUAUCCGACGGAUAGCGUUAUCCACCUUUUGAACAACUGGGAAAACACCCCUCAAAAAUAUUUUUAUUAUUGGCUUCACUACGCUUAAACGUAACGAACGCCAUGGAUCAGUUCUUAUGAUUUAUAAUCUUAGCCUGUAUGUUUAAUGGUUUUUCUGUAGAGACCUUCCAGCGGAUGCUUCCCAGUGGUCCAGUCUGCUUCAAGAACAGAAAAAGAUGCAAGAAAUGGAGAUGAGAAGGUAUCAGACAUGACCCCCCUCCUUCCAGCUCGUCGGGAUAACUAGUAUAUUAAGAUAUUUUUCAAGGUCUUUUUUUUCUUACUUUAUAAUCGGCGAGGAAAGUUUCAACCAAUAUUUUUUCGUUUUGUUACACGUUUCCUGAUAAAGAGGGAGGCCAAAGAAAGAAAGGUUGCAACGUGAACUGACAACGAAAAACUGUUGCUCGCGUCGGUCUGUACCUCGCUGUUUAGUAUUAAUUAAUAUUAUUUAGUAAAGGUGUGUUAAGGAAGUUAGAGAUCUCAGAAGUUUUUCUUUAUUUAAUAUUUUCUUUUUCUUUCAGAUGGCGAGACGUGCUCACAUCAUCAAUUCAACUUAUGAAUCAGGUAUUUGUUCAGGAAUUCGUUAAACCCAUUCAUGAAUUUUUCAGUCGAGAAGAGCAGCGU